AUGAUCGGCAUCGGGUGGCUCAGUUUGAUCUUUCGUAGAGGAAAAAAAAAACAUAAAGGCUGCCUCGUUUUUUGACGCGUGUUGUCGAAAAUUCAGACGACGCAGAGUCGUUUGAAAAAAAGAAUAAAUAAAUAAAUCAUGUCUGAUUAUUUGAGAUCCGCUCUCGGUUAUUUUAAUGGGAAUGUCAAUUCGAACGAGUACGUGGGACAAGUGUUGGAAAUCAACAACGUGAAGCUUCGUGUGACAAGACUCAUUGCUGAGGGUGGAUGGGCUCUGGUUUUUGCCGUCGAGGACAUUGCGACUGGGAAAGAAUAUGCCUUAAAGAGACUGAUCGCAGUGGACGAAGAAUCCAACAGAUGUAUAAUUCAAGAGAUUGAGACUUUGAAAAAGCUCUCCGGUCAUCCGAACGUCAUCCAAUAUCUUUGUGCUCAGAGGAUAGAGAAGGAGGAUCGUAAAGGAUGCGAAUAUUUGUUAGUUACGGAAUUGUGUCCCGGAGGAACGUUGGCAGAUUUGUUGAGAGGAACGAGCAGCGUGGCUUCGCUGAGUCUCGCCCAAAUAUGUCGCGUUGCUUAUCAAGUUACGAAAGCGGUGCAUCACAUGCACAGCCAACAGCCUCAGCCGAUAAUUCACUGGGACAUAAAAUUGGAGAAUUUUUUGAUUGGCGCCGACGGCCUUAUCAAAUUAUGUGAUUUUGGGAGCGCCUCGACACAACAGAUUUUACCUGAUCCUUCGUGGAACGCUCAAAAACGUUCUACCCUCGAGGACCAAAUGUCACGUUACACAACGCCAAUGUACAGAUCUCCCGAAAUGAUGGACACUUGGAACAACGAGCCCAUCGGACCACCGGUCGAUUGUUGGGCUCUCGGAUGCAUUUUUUAUGCUCUUGUUAGUCUUCGACAUCCUUUUCCAGAGGGGAACAAAUUGGCGAUAACGAACGCGCGAUACCCGCCGCUCCUGGCGAACCCGCGGCUCUCGUGUAUCCACGAUUUGAUAAAAGGUUGUUUGGAGGCAUCCCCGGUGAAGCGAUUGACGACAUCGGCAUUAUUGGAACGUUUAGCAGCGAUCGCAGAAUCGAACAAUUUCGAUCCUCGUGAGCCGGCGAAGAUUGAGAUCGCGGCAAAAGUGAAUCCACCACCGAGGCCAGCGCCGCCGAUACCGAGCGCAAAUUCCUCGACGAAUUCCGCUCCAGCAACGGCAGUUCCACCGCCGCGACCUUCGCCACCUGUGAACGUGGCGCCGCCUCGACCAGCGCCGAUUCAGAGCGUGCCAGCAACGAUCGCCCCAGGAAAAACCGGAACUGCCCACAGCUCCGGACUUUUCAGCUCUUUAAAAGGAGGGGCCGGGAGCAUUUUUCGUAACAUCAAAGACACCUCGAGCAAAGUUAUGCACACCGUUCAACAGAGCAUGGCGAGGACCGAACUCGACGCGAGCUAUUUAACUUCGCGAAUCCUGGUGAUGCCCUAUCCCGCGGACGGCAUCGAAUCGGCCUAUCGCUCCAACCACGUCGAAGAUGUUCGAGCUUAUCUGCAAACCAGACAUCCACCCCCGGCCAAAAUUCAGCUUUACAACUUGUCACGUGGUCGACCAAACGUCUCGAGGCUUCCUGGCAAACACAUCGACUGCACCUUCGCUUACGCAUCUCCCGAUUCUAACGCUCCACUCCUUUCCGCUCUUUAUCAAAUUUGCCAGGAUAUCUACCGGUACUUGGACGCCGAUUUCAAUCACAUCGUUGUACUUUAUUGCACGGACGGUUGUCAUUCGAGUGGAACGGUGGCGUGCGCGUUGUUGUUGUACUCGGGAGCACUGACGACUCCGGAAGAGGCGAUGGCGUUGUUUGCGACGCGUCGUUGUCAGCCAGCGCAGUUGCAGCCGUCGGAGUUGCGGUGUAUAAAUUACAUGAGCGUGAUUAAUUCGGGUGUGCAUCCGCACACGAAGCCCCUGGUGUUGCGCUCGCUGGUGCUGCAGCCGGUGCCAUUGUUCACGAGGGCGAAGGACGGGUGUCGCCCGUACGUGGACAUUUACAGUAACGGGGCGUUAGUAUUUUCGACGAAGCGUCCGGACUACGAGGAAAUGAGACUGUUUGAUAUGAUGGAAGGGAAAGCUUGUUUGGUGCUCGGAGAUGCGACGGUUCGGGGCGACGUUACGAUCGUCGUUUCCCACGCGAGACAGCAAUUGGGUCGAGUGAUAGGAAUAAAAAUAGCGUCUCUUCAUUUCCACACCGGCUACGUGCCUUUGUCGGAAAGCACAUUGUCCUUCGACAAGAACGACCUCGACGACACGCCGGAGAUUGGAGGCAAUUUCCGAGUGAUUCUCAACGUCAUGAUCGCCGAGGAAAAUCCAAAGAUCUCGAGGAUUCCAGCGCCUUGGGAGGUCGAAGCGAAUCACACUCUUCUCCCCGAUCCCCUAUUCGCUUCUACCCUUGAAAUGGAAGAAACUCUCGACAAUUUUCGUACCGUCCCUCGAACUAGCCCCACAGAGAAUAAACCUCCUCCACCUCCCCCUUCUGCUCAGGCUCCCGAGCCACAAAUUCCGACUACUGAAUUUAAGGACGAAGAGGAAAUACAAGAUAAUCCACCGGAGGAAACACUUGUGGAGAAAAAUGAAUUCGCGGAAGCGGAUCUACUCAAUCUCGGCACCUCCGGACCUCACGAUACGAAUCAAUCGACUCAUAAACCCUCGCCUUCCCUCACUCCUGGUCUCGACAUUUUCUCGUCAUCCGCCACCAGUGACAAUGAUCUGUUCGGAGGAUUUGCUAACUUCAAUCAGGAAACGUCCAAACAAAAUUCCUCAGGUGCAACGAACGCGAGCGGGAACGAUUUAAUAUUCGGUAACGGUGAGGUCAGAGGUCAAGAAGCGAGAAACAGUAAUUCGAACAUGAGCGAUUUGUUGUUUGGCGGGGGAGAAAAGCCACGAGGGAAUUUGCUGUUCGAUCCAUUGAGCGGGGCGCCGAGUGGGACGAACGACCUCAUGGGAAAUUGGUCUAAAGCCGCGAGUGCCGGAGGAGGUGAAGAAAAUUUUCCGCGAAAUUCAAGCGUCCCGAAUUUCGCGGCGCAGCAACAGCAGCAGCAGCAAAAAGAUCCGUUUGCUAAUUUGGCGAGCUCUCUCGGCGCUGGUUUAAAUUCGAGUUGGAACGGAACGCCACGUGAUUCGAAUACACCCCAAUCGGCGAGUCCGGCGCCCUCCGGGACUCCCAUUCAUUCCAGCCCACGAAUCCACAAGUCCAACACUUCGAGCGACACGACCGGUGGCCUCGGAGCCUCCUCGACCGGAAAUCCUGAUCUCAAUAACAAAUCUGCCAGCAAACCUGGUGACGCCUUCGAAGAUCUCCUCGGUAGCCAAGGCUACAACUUUUUCAGUUCACGAAAAUCUGAAAAAGAUAGCCCCAAAACUAUCAAUCAAAUGAGAAAAGUCGAAGCGGCUAAAACCAUGGAUCCUGAUCUCCUCAAAGUCAGAGAAUGGACCGAAGGCAAAAAAGGAAAUCUUCGAGCUCUACUCUGCACGCUUCAUACCGUUCUCUGGCCGGAAGCCGAUCGAUGGCAACGAUACGAAAUGCAUCAACUCGUUACCCCCGCUGAUGUCAAAAAAGCAUACAGGAAAGCUUGUCUCGCUGUCCACCCUGACAAGCAAGCGGGCACGGCGAAUGAGAACAUAGCAAAGCUGAUAUUUAUGGAACUGAACAACGCCUGGAGCGCGUUCGAGAGUGACGCUUCGCAGCAAAAUUUAUUUAGUUAAAACUGUAGCUAAGAAGAAAUUUGAGUUACGGAUAAAGGAAAGGAAGAGGACAAAAAUGAGGAAUCUACUGUUCGAAAGUUACUUGCACGACCUAUCGUUGCUGAAUCGAUCGUGGCUGGUAGAAUGUGCUAAAAACCAUGUUCUAUUACCUGUGAGAUGAAAAAGCGAACACUUUCAUUCUCUCUCUAUUUCUCUCUCUCUCUCUCUCGCCUUCUUUCUCUUCAAAGCAUUCCGAACGAGACAAAAAUAUGAUGCGAAAAGAAAAACGUUACUAUUAGCUAUAGUCGAGAAAAUGCAGCUGCAAUUGCUAUCAAACGAGAGGAUUAGAAAUGCAUUAUGACGAGGCCAGCGUGGGCGGAUGAGAUUACAUUACAACUGUGAUUUUGCGUACACCGUAUCGUCGCAAAGUCUGGAAAAAUUACAUUUCCGUUGUUGUUGUUGUUGUUAAUCCAAAUUUUCUUCGUGUUAGAAAAAUUGUCGAACAUUGGUAGGGUGAUUAUGGUGGAAAUCUUGAUGGUUUUCAUUCGUUGAAUUAGUAGCCGUUGCGAUAAUUUUUUCCAAAAAUUCAUCACCUCGAACUCGAACGAAAGAUUAUUCAAAAACUUAGAUGUCGGUGAUAACGCGAUUCUUCGAUCGGCAAAUUGGAACAAAAAUCUUCGAUUUUUCACUCGAUAAGUGGAUACUAAAAAAUAAAUAAAUAAAUAGUCAAAAUUAGAAUCGGUGAUGCCGGAAGUUCGUGAAGCUCCAUUAGAAAGCAUUCGAAUUGUUCGUCAUGAGUUUAAAAACUUCGUAGAAAAAUGAUUAAAGAAACUUCGAUAUAUUCGUCACUUUUUUGAAUAAACGCCUACAGUUUUCUCUGGCUAAUGGAAUUUGCGUGACAGACAGGAAUAUCGAGUUUGGAAAAAAAAUGCAGUUGGAGUGAAAUUUUUGGAAAUCUAGUCCACUCUGGAAUUCGUUCAUCGAACAAGGGGACGCCUUUCCAGUUUUUUGUUCAGAACUUUUCUAUUUUUUACAAUUUUCAUUCGUACACGUUCUACAGAACGAAGGGGAGCCUAGAAAACAAAUGAGCGAAUUUUUCGUAAUGGAUUUCAAUAGAACAGCAUAAAAAACAUAUGAAAAAUAUUGGAAGUACGAACUUUUCCAAACUUUUCGAUGCAGAUGUACGCUAAAAUCCUUAAUUUCGAUUGAAGAAAAAAACACGAUGAAAUCGAGGAACAAAAAAGUUGCGUAUCGAAAGAAAGGAAAGAAAUCUCGGAGAUCUAAUGUACGAUUAUUAUAUGUAUAUAACGCAGUGUAAAUUAAAAACAAAUCCCAAAUAUAUGAAAAUAAUAUUUUUCGGGCGGAAGAAAAGAAA